CUGCGGAUUGUACCUUGUGACAUUUUUUUCUGGUCUUUAUUGGAGGAUAUGCUUCGAGACAGGGGUUCUUUUUUUCUGAUCUCCGGUAUCCACCUUUGAAAUCGGAAACAAGUCUGAACACUUUUUUUCUAGUUUUCAGAAUAACUCUAUUGCUGGUAUACCUCCCCAUGUUCCAUACUUAAAGCCCAAGGAGGUGCGAGUCGCUCAGUCAUGACGCCGUUGCUUUUCUUUCAGUUAGAAUUGGUAGAAGCAUCAUCAUGAAGGAAGAAGAGGAGGAACCUGAAGAUAAAAAGGAUGAAGAAAGAUUUUUCAAGAAUGAUGAAUCUUCUCAGAUAAUAAAUGGCAUGGAUCACUUGAGUAGCAGUUUUCUUGUUGAUCUGCUUUUUGAAGAUGUUCAGAAGGCUGGAGCAAUCUCUCCAUCUCCAGUUGACAAUAAUAAUCAGGUUGCUGUCAUUCAACUUUGGAAAAAUGGUUUCACAGUUAACAACAGUGAACUUAGAAGCUAUACAGAUGUUGAAAACCGGGAGUUCUUAGAUUCAAUAAAAAAAGGGGUAUUACCUACUGAGCUACAGACAGCUUCUUCUGAGGAAGAAGUAGACGUGAAGAUAGAAGAUAAGAAAAAUGAGUUGUACUUACCAGCAAAGCCAGUAUUUCAUCCAUUCUCUGGACAGGGAUUUAGUUUGAACAGGAGGUUGCCUAUUGAACAUCAACAAGGACUCUCGCAAAAGGACAUAGAAAUUGUGCCAGAGAUAAAGAAAAAUGAGUCAUAUGUACCAACAAAACCAGCCUUUCAUCCAUUUUCAGGCCAAGGGUACAGACUGGGCAGUGCCACUCCGAGAAUAAUCAGUGAAGCAGAGAGGAAAAAGGAGGACAGAAAGGAAGGAGAGUCUAUACCUUUGGUCUCACUUAAUGACCUGGAGCCUAUUACUAGUGUUCAGAUCUGGCUAGCAGAUGGAAAGAGACAUGUGCAGAAAUUUAAUUUUUCCCACAGGAUAAGCCACGUCCGGGAGUUCAUUGAGAAAAUGUGUGGCACAUCAGAGAAUGCAUCCUUCAUCCUUACAACGUCUCUUCCAUUUCGUGAGCUUACAGAUGAGAGUUUGACUUUGGAAGAGGCUAACCUCCUCAAUGCAGUUGUUGCACAAAGACUAGUAAAAGCAUCUGACCCUUUUAGGCAUUCCUAACAAAGGAUAUUUUUGUCAUCUUU